AUGGCAUCUGGAAGUGUCUCUUUCCCUGUGUCCGAAUCUCAUGGGAAACCAGCAUCGCCGUUGAAGGCGCCCCAUCUGCCGUUUAGGAGAAUAUCACUACCAACUGCCCCUUCCUUGUUACAUCGUGUCUCUGUUGUCAGUGCCACAUCGUCUGAAGAGGCGGCAGAUAGUUCGAACUCUCAGAGUGUGCGGCCAGCCAUCAAGACCCAUGGAAAGGUCGCGCAGAGUCGACCUGUUUCAUCCGCGUCGCCUAGGAAUCGGAAUCGAAAGCGCGAUUCGAGUGUUAAACCAACCGACGACAAACAAGCAGCUAAGCGAAGAAAGGUUGUUGACGAAUUUUACGAGACGGAGAAAGCAUACGUCGAUGGCUUAGAACUAAUUUAUGCACAUUUUCUGACACCAAUCAUUUCUUCUUUGGAUACUCCGGAUCCCUUGCUGAAUCGCUCAGCAUUAACCUCAAUAUUCUCAAAUUUCAUUGAUAUAUGGAAUCUUCAUCGAUCCUUUCUCUCAGCCCUUACUUCUAUCUUAGAACCGACGCAAGCAGGAUCAAAUGUACCACCACCAAACCUUUCUUCUUUCCUAUUGGCGCACUUCCCCUAUCUUUCUCUGUACACUCCCUUUGUAACAGCAUUUCCAUCGACGAUCUCAUCCCUUAACGAACUUAUCACGAACACCAGUCCACAAUAUAAUCAACGCUUUGCCGCCUUUCUUGCGGGCCAGGAAGCCGACCCGCGCUGCGGAAAACUUAAACUGAGGGAUUGGCUCUUGACGAUCGUCCAGCGUUGCCCACGAUAUUUACUUUUACUCAAAGACCUUAUAAAUUCGACAAGUAAAGAGGACCCAGAACAUGCACAGUUGACGGCUGUUCAUGCACUUGUUUCAAAAAUUACGUUGUCACUUAAUACGUCAUUGCAUACCCAUGCUCAGACGAUGGCGUUGCUAGCUCUUCAGAAAGCCACACCAAAUUUACCUUUUCAGUUGAUCUCUCCUGGUCGCACAUUCCUCAAGCGUGGCUCUUUACUCCAGGUCGAAAGAAGCGAUGAUCCCGUUGAACGCGAAUUUCUUCUAUUCUCGGAUUGCAUGGUUUGGCUUGCACCUGCUGAGUCCUCCAUGUCGUCCUGGGAUUGGAGUUGGAGUGGCAGCGGGAGUAGUGGCAGCGGAAGCGGUUCUGGGAACAUUUCUGGAACAACAGCAGUCAGUCAGACUCAUCAUAAUACCCCAGCUUCAGUGCCUACACCACCAGCCCUGCAACGACCACGCAUGACGCGAACCAGGAGCAAGAGCGAAGCCGAGCUUGAAUCGCUGCGCGUGGAAACAAAUGCCGAUGCUCGUCGUGGUUAUGCACACCUCAAGGAAUCUCCGUCAACACCCAGCUCUCCUCGAACUCCACCCCGUAGCAAUGAUAGUGACGGCGGAACUAAACUUAAAUCACAUCCUCACGUGCCUCCGUCCCGCCCUGCCCCUCCUCCGCCGAUUAUGCCCAGCAAAAGAACCGUGUCAUCAGAUGAUAAGUGGGUUUAUAAAGGUCGAGUGGAGCUUGUGGAUGUGCAGAUCGUAGUUGGUUCCGCCCUGGAGGAUGAACGGAAAUUUGAAGUUUUGAGCCCCGAAGGCAGUUUCUUGCUUUAUGCAGCUUCUUUACAGGAACGCGACACAUGGACAUCAGAAAUUCGCAACGCGAAAGCGCAGCUGCUUGCCUCUCUUAACAUCACAAACCCAAACUCUACAUUGACCUCAUCAGCAUCAACAAAUCAUGUGCGCAGAGUGCUGCAGGCUCUGCCGUAUCCCCCUUCCGACGAAAGGCUGGCGACAAUCAGGGCGAGCAGCAGCGUUGACGUCUUUAAUCCAUCUUCUGCGUCCAACUCGACAACGAACUUCAACCUAAGCAGCAAAAUCAAACUGCACAUAAAAGACAAAGAAAAAGAUAAAAAUGAAGGGAAAGUCCCAGAGCGCAGGAGGAAAGUGGAACAUUGGGUUCCAGCGAUAUGGAUUCCAGACGGAAAGGCGACGGCUUAUGCCAAUUCUAAAUCCGACUCUGCAGGCAAACCUGCUCGUGCAUGCGACGCAUGCUACGAGAGCGUAUUCCCGCUCAUUGACCCUCCAUCGGACGCCGUUGCCGUUGAUCAGAACGAAAACACCGCAGACAUAAAAGGAGAAACCUCUGCUGCUGCAAAAUCUACCGAAGUUAGAGACACAGACACGAUUUCUUCGUUGUCUCGUCUGCCUUCGUGGCUUUCAAUGCCUGCGCUACCCGUGCAACGCCAGCCACAUCCACAAGCCCUGAUGGACAUAGACCUCAAUUCAAGUCGAGAUUUGGAUGUGUCUCUAGACGUAACCGGGGAGGAUUUUGUCUCCGGCGAGAACGCUCAUGGGCAUGACGAGCGCGAGGGUGGGGCAAGGAGGAGGGUCAGGAUGAAAAAGUCUAUGUCACACCAGAGGCUGAGGAGCUACCAUCAGAUAUUGGAAGACUUCCAGGAACAGGCGAAAGCCGUAAGGGAAGCCAAAGUUGUUGCAUUUGAGAAUGAAAAUCAACUGAAGAAGGCCCCAAUUCCCAUUCCUGUUCGGGAGGACGAGGACGAACGGGCAGAAGUUGAAGGGAAUGACACUUUCGAUGAUUAUGAUGACAGCAUCUUAGGCGAGGUCGAGGACGAAGAUGAACUGGACCAGGAUCAUGUGGACAUGUGGUUUACGCCAAGUCACUCCCUGGCGUCUUCUCCUGCGUCAUCUCCUCGAAAACAACGCGAGCAGAAAAGAGAGGAUACGACUAGAAGAAGUAAACGGUUCUCACUCCCCGCUAUCGCCCUACAUACAACUGUCGUCACUGCCAGAACAAGCACCAUAGCAGACGGUGGGGGUGAUGGGCCGUCGCUUUCUCGUGAGGGCUCUUUGGGUGAUCAAACGCCACUUGGUAUGGGAAGGUCUAGGAGGUUCUCACUCGUUUCUGGAAGAGGGAGCUAUUACGAUGGUGCUAGCAGUUCGCCUACAAAAAGCCUUGGUGGGGCAGAUGACGGCGGGGGAAGUGACCUGUCGAGAGGCCUUGCUGCUGCUAGGCUUAGUGAACUGUUGGGGCGGAAAACAAAGGUUGUGUAA